UCGUCUUUACAACGUCUUCUUUCCCUCGACAAAUCCUUCGAUUCUUUUGAAGAGCGUGUUCAAGAAGCUGCUCGAAUCCUUGACAUCUCUCUAGAUCCGCAAUUCGCUCCCGAAUCGCCUGCGUCUUCCUCGCUCUCACACACUGCCCGUCUGGACUUUGUACUGCGUUGGCUUCUCGACAAGCUCUCCGUCCAGCCAGACACUUGCCAAUGUCUUCCAUCAUGGAUCCUCUUGCGUCGAACUCUUGAGCGCAUGCCCUCUGCUGCCCUGGCCAAGUCCUUAUCUGCCGCUACUCCGAUAAACACCUGCUCGAACGCUCUCGCUCAACUCUUCCCACUCACCUCUUCACCAGCUCCGAACACCACAGAUGACGCAAAACGUUCCACGAAAAAGAGAAAGAGGCAAAGUGCUGCCAAUGACACAACUUCAGAUCACCCUGCUCUCAUCUUUGACCACAUCACGGCUUCAAUUCGUCUUCUGAUCUCCCGUUCGGCCCAAUCCUCAUCUGCGACAGACGCUGCCUCGGAGAAUCGCGUCCACGCUCUUUUACGUCUUGAUCACGCAGAUCUGGUCAGUUUCGUCAAGCAUACUCUUCAUGCCUUGCUACACCUACGAUCCUCGCAAACCCUUCCCACCUCUCUUGUGGCGUCUUCAUUGGCUCUCAUUCAAGACUUGGCGAUCCUACAACCCAACGCUUCAGUCGAUCCCCUGGAUAUCUCCUUCUGCACCGAGUGCUUGUGGCCGGCUGCUCUUCUUCUACAACUCUUGCAAUCGGAUCUGAAUUCCAACGGUGCUUCUCAGCAACAUGCACAACAUGCCGUCCGAUCUCUCGAUCGUUUGCUGGCAACACAUCUCUUCGUGCCAGCAAGAGUUGCUUUCUAUAGCUCAAAGGCCGUUGUACAAAAGAAACGUCAACAAGCAGAGGUUCCUGGCUUGGUCCAGAGACUGGAACCUUUGCGCUCGCAGAUUACCACUCUUCUCGCUGCAGACGCCUCAGAUCUCGUCAAGCAAGACCAACUUUCCCAUGCAUAUGGAUGCGUGCCAUUAUUACUGGAUCUGGCCGUUCGCUGCGCGCCCAUUGCCAAUCCCAAGCAAAGGAUAAUCGAGGCNCCCUGGAUCCACCUUGUGUUCAAUUCCUUGUCGGAUACGAUAACUACUUCUUCAAAAGCUUCUGACGCUGAAAUUGUCAAUCAGAAACUGAAGGACAUGUUGGAUGUGCUGUCAAGUAAAAAUUUGGUGCUCGAUGCCGAUGUGCUGAGUGACAUGUUGGCUCAGCGAUGCAACUUGUCGACGUCUCUUCCUGAUUUCCCUCUUGUUGCAAAGAUUCUCAACAUGAAUGCAAGCAUGUUCACAGACCUCAACGCUGCUCCGGCCAAGGCAUUGUUUGAGGCACUAACAAUUAACGGGGAAGCGAAAGCAUCCAAGGUCUCGGGCUCGGUCUCCGCCGACGACUGGGAGAACCCUCGAACUAUCUGCUACAAGAUUGUGGUUCCUCUGAUGCACGCUUAUGCUCGUACCCGCAAUCUUCCCGCUUUCCUCGAUCAGUGGUCUUCAUGUCUCAGCAUCCAGAUAUCCUCGAAGAAGACAUCCAAGUGGCUUCUCUGGGCAGACUUGUCCUUGGAGGAGUCAUUGAGAGCCAUACUGGAGACGUCCUUGACGUCUGCACAAAUAUCAGAGCUGUUGGACUCUCGCCAGAGUACGUUGACUCAGUCGGUCGCAUCGUCUUCCGUUGCAAGCUCCGAAGCCUUUGCAAACAUCGUCUUGCUCAACGCCAUCAUUGGUGCUUUAAAGACUGAUGCUACGAUUGACACUCUUAUGCCUCAUCUAGAGUCACUGCUUUCUGCCAUUGAGAGUGCUUUCCUUCAAUCUGCUGAUAUCGCUGGACUUCUUUCUGCUCAUAUGAUCGGUCUAUGUUCUCGGAUCUAUCAGCUAUGGUACCCAAUAUGGUCAACUGCCAAGUCGACCGAGGAGGUACAGAUGAGAAACUCGGCACUUCUUGACGGCCCCAUCACACGAUUUACCCUGGAGAAGAUUCAGGGCGGCUCUAAAUUAGAGUCUGGCCCUUCUACUGGUAAUGUGUCGGAAGUCGAUUCUGCGUUCGUCUUCAUCGCCUCCAUAUGUGACAUGCAAAGGCAACUGAUUGGACAUGAAUCCGACUAUGCGCAUCUUUUCUGCCGUGCAGCUUUGCCCUCUCAGGAUGGGGACAAGUCUCGUAGUUACGCUUCACAGCGACCUGCCGCUUUCUUGACGGUUCUCACUGGUUACCCAGGACUUCUUGCUUGUAUACCUGCGACUGAGCGAGUUCAGCUCUUCAAAGACCUAUUCAGCAGCUUCUUCUCUGAGUCUUCGCGCUCGAGCUCCGUGCUUCUCGAGUUCUUGAACGCGGUAUUCGCAGCUAGCGAUCUCUCCAUCAAAGACGAUCUUUUUACAGUAGUCUGUGAAACAAUAGAGAGCUCCGAUGCAUCUGGAUCGUGGCUGGACAUUCUUCUACAGUGGCCGUUGAAAGGAUUCUCCCGCCAACAGCGCGAGAAGAUCUUGGACAUCAUUGUAUCCUCGUUGAUCAAAGAAAAGCUCAGUGGACAAGCCAAACAGCAGAGCCUCGAUCUGAUUGCAGUACUUCUUGAGCUACCAAAUGCUACAGCCAAGAUCUCGGUAGCGCCUGAUGUGCUAUGGGGUCUCGCCAGCGUGUCUUACGACAACACUGAGCUGAAUGCUUUCGAGGAUAUUUGUAAACGCCUUCUAGGACACAUCAUUGACACCAAAGAGCAGGAUCGAAGUAAGUUGUACCUAGAACAGCUUUCCGUGCUCGUAUCGGAUUUUAUCAGCAGACAGAAGGACUUGGGUCUGCCGUCAACUCCAGGCAGAGUCUUGCUGGUGAAAGCGCUUUUCGAAGCGUCCGAGGCUCGUUUCACUGAAAAGGAGCUGUCAAAUUUCGCUUAUCAUUCGUCUUCCACCAUCGACUCCUUGGUCAAGCGGUUGUGGGAGACAUUGUCGACCUCAACAGAUGACGAGCUCAGUGGCGACAAUCUGGACAAGGCUCGUAUCGCUGUUCAAGUGUUCACUGACGCAAAGCGCUUUGCGAAGAAGCUGCGCAGUCUGGUUGAAGAGUCAACGGAUGUUCCCAUUCCGAUCCUGGUCCGAUGCUUCCAACAGCUGUCUUCGGCAGCACACAAAGCUGAUCCUAUCGAGAUAUGCACAAGUGCCGAAUAUCUGCUAGCAAAGGAGAAUGACGCGGGUCAGUACUGGGCCAUCACUGAUUCCGUCAUCAAGAGUAUGCAGAACAUCUCCGAGAGCGAAAAGCUCUCUUUGAUAGACCGAAUUUUGCCUGCCUCGAUCCAACAGUGCACGGCAGAAAAAAUCAUGUUAGUGCGAUGCAUCAUCACUGCCAUGCAUGUUUCUCGCAAGCAAGGUGCCGCUGCGUCAGAAGCCGGUUCGGUCUCUGUCCUUGUACGCCUGCUAGAACUUUUGAAUGCCUGCUCCGAGUACGAUGUCCAUCAGCAGUUGGUCGCCUGUGUCGUCGCUGUUUUGAGAGAACAGGUAUGUCUGAGAAGUUCUAUUUCACCUGAACAACUUACUAACAGCCUUUUANNGCCCAACCUUGUUACGCAAUACUCUGUAGAGAUGACCAUCGCUACAGUGACCACUCUNGCAUCACCCUCUUCGCCAAUCAAGAGUGUCAAGCAAGCAUCACUAAUGUUCGAGGGCCUUUGUACAAUCACCCAAAGUCUUUUGCAAUUCCAUCGUUCCAGUCUGGGUGGCCGUUUCCAUCUCCUCGUUCCGUUGAUGCAAAGACUACUCUCCUGCCUCUUCCUGCCUAGCAGUAGAGAUGCGGGAACCGUCAACAGGUUCAAACACCCAGCAUGGCUCGACCCUACUAACGCUUCGUUGACUCUGAAGCACGCGCAAAAGUACUCGAGACUUCUCGAAAACCUUUGCAACCCACCACAGUUCAACGUGGCUGGAAGCCGAGGAAAGGCACCUGAUCUCGUCGAUGAGACACGGAAAGCUCGCAUGCAUGUUGCCCAACACACUCCCCACAUCCUUCACUAUUACUGCACUCUUAUCUUGAAUGGUAAACUAGGCGAAGGCAUGCGAGAUGCACUUACGCCAGGCAUGUGGGCAAUCAUUGACGUCGCCGAAAUUGGCGCAGAUGAUAGCCGUGGUGUCAAAGCAUUGAGCUCCAGCAUNGGUAAUGCUGAUCGUGCCGUCCUGCGAGGAAUCUGGGAGGACUGGCGACGAUUUGGUGGAGCUUGGAAGGGUUAG